AUGGCCACACAGAUGCGUAUCUCAUCGACCAAAGGCACGCUCGACUCCAUGAAAAACAUCAAGAUGAUGGGUCUUGUCGACAAGAUGGAGGCCAAGAUUCAAUCCGUCAGGGACGACGAAAUCAGCAAGUUUAUCAGGUUCUACCGGCUUUUAGUGGCCUUCUUUGUCAGCUCUAUAGCUUUGGCUCAAUUCACCCCUGCUAUCACUCUAGUCGUCUACGCCAUCCAAGCACAACUUCGCGGCGAGAGGUCUAUCGAUGUCAACAUGGCCUUCACCUCGCUCGCCAUCAUAGAACUGGUCACCUCGCCAACGAACGAGCUCCUCAGCAUCUUGCCCGAAGGUGCCUCUAUCCUCGUAGCGUUCGGCCGCAUCCAAACGUACCUUCUCGGCCCCAGCAGAGAGGACAAGCGGGCCCUCUUUAAUGAAAUGCGAUACAUACGCAGCGGGAUUAACUACCCUGAGGGUAUCACGCUUGCCGGCCUUGAGAGCCGUACUGGGAAGCUGGUUGUUGUCUGUGGGGUUGUGGGCUCUGGAAAGACGACGCUCGUGAAGGCCCUGUUGGGUGAUUUGCCCCUGGACUCGGGCGUCAUACACACAGCAUUCAGGUCGACAGCCUAUUGCUCUCAGACGGCCUGGUUGAUCAACGGCACCAUUAAGGAAGCUAUACGCGGUCCGCCUGGCGACGAUAGUGCAGCCGAUGAUAGUGCAGCCGACGAGGAAUGGUACAGAAGAGUCACCUACGCGUGUGAUCUUGUAGAGGACUUCGAGCAGAUGCCGAGCGGGGACGAUACUAUUAUUGGUAGCCGUGGCAUCAUCUUGUCGGGUGGGCAAAAGCAGCGAGUGGCUCUCGCUCGGGCUGUAUACGCCCGCCGGGACUUCAUCAUUCUUGACGAUGUUCUGUCUGCACUCGACGCAACCACCGAACGGCAUAUUGUUAUCAAUCUCCUCAGCCCAAAGGGCCUGUUCAAGGAGCUCAGUACCACUGUUCUGCUCAUCACUCAUGCAACCCAGCACUUGCCUCUAGCCGACCUCAUCAUCGUUCUCGACACUAGCGGCAAGAUUUUGGAGCAGGGGACCUGGGAAGAACUCCGAGCCCACGGCGGCUAUGUCAGCAAGGUCGUGUUGAAAGAGAAGGAAGGAGGCGAAAACAAACCGCACGAUCGUGCCGAGGCCAGGGACAAGAUCCAGCUCGCUCCAGAGCAGCCAGACUCCAAAAUGCAGGACAUGACUCGAACCACGGGCGAUGUCAAGCUCUACGGCUACUACUUUAGUGCCAUCGGACUCGCGCGCCUCUCUGUCCUCCUGUGCUCCCUGAUGAGCUACGCCGUCUUGUUUGCGUUGGUCCCGUACUGGCUCAAGUGGUUGACGGAGGCUGAGGUCAUGCACGCUCCACAGUCGUACUUUGCGAAGACGGACACGGGCACGACCCUCAACCGCUUCAGCACCGACAUGAUGAUGCUCAACCGCCGGUUGCCGCUUUCGCUUUUCCAAGUCUGCCAGGCCCUUUUCCGCAUCCUGUCGCAGUGCAUACUGCUGGCCGUCGUGCAACCGCUCAUCACGGCCACGCUGCACCUGACCGUUCUUGCCGUAUUCCUGAUUCAAAAGGUGUACCUGACCAGGUCUCGCCAGCUGCGGUUCCUCGACCUCGAAGCCCGGGCCAUGGUCAACGCCAGCUUCCUCGAGACGUUCGAGGGCGUCGCCACCAUCCGUGCCUUUUCCUGGCAGCGGCAGUUUAUCCGCGACAACACGGCCAGGCUCGACCUGUCUCUGCGUCCGGACUACAUGCUGGUCUGCAUCCAACGCUGGCUCGACAUGGUACUCGACCUCAUGGUCCCGGGCCUGGCCAUGGGCGUCAUCGGCCUCGCCGUCGCUCUCAAGGGAACCAACACAGGUGGACAGAUCGGAAUCGCCCUCAACGUUGUCCUCAAGCUCAACAUGAGCCUCCUUCGCUUGGUCGACGCCUGGACACAACUAGAGACAUCUCUGGGCGCCAUCUCGCGCCUGCGUGCUCUAGAGCAGGACGUGCAGCCUGAGGAUGGGGUAGGCAAGCUGCAGCCGCCUCCGCCGCUCGGAUGGCCCACGCACGGACUGAUCCAGUUCUCCCGCGUCUCCGCAAGCUACAAGCCGCCGGUUCUCGCGCUUGACAACCUCGACCUCUCAAUUCCGCCGGGCACCAAAGUCGGCGUCGUGGGCCGCACCGGCAGCGGCAAGUCGUCGUUGCUGCUCACCCUGCUGCGACUAGUCGAGAUGGAGGGAGAAGACGGAACUAUACGCAUCGACGGCUUGGACCUGCGCGAGCUCCCCCGCAACGCUGUGCGCGCACGCAUCAUCACGGUUCCGCAGGAACCCAUGCUCGUCAUGACCGACACGGUCCGCCAGAACCUCGACAUUGCCGCCAGCACCGACACCAAGAGCGUCUCGGACGACGACAUGAUCCGCGUGCUCCAGCGCGUCCGCCUGUGGGAUGUACUGCAGUCCCGUGCCGCCAGCGUCGCGGCCGCAGGACGCGAGGUACACAAGGUCAAUGCCGCCAUGGGACUCGUCGUCGGCAGCAACAGCGGUAGCAGCAGUAGGACUACAACGCCGACGCCUGGUUCUGAUGAUGACGACGAGAUCGACGCGGACAAGAAAUCGCUCUUCUCUCUGGCGCGCGUGCUGCUAAUGCGCGGCUCGCGCGGCCGCGUGGUGCUUCUGGACGAGGCGACGAGCAGCGUCGACGGCGCCACGGACCGGCUGAUGCAGGCGCUCGUGGGCGCCGAGUUCAAGGACCACACGGUUAUCACGGUCGCUCAUCGCCUUGACACCAUCAUGGAUAGCGACGUUGUGCUGGUGCUCGAUGCCGGCAAGCUCGUCGAGGCCGGCCCGCCCGCCAAGCUGGCUUCCAAGGAGGGACGCCGGUUCAGAGCGCUUAUUUGUGGCAAGAGAACCGCGUGA